GGCAGUCGGAAGUUGCCUGAGCGGAGCCCCGCCGGCCGGCCCGACCGGCCUUCGUCGUCCCCAGGCGCCCUGGGAGAGUCACCGACUGGUGUACUGACUGACCGCCUGAGGACGGUCGGCCGGGGCGGUGAAAGAGCAGGCCUAAUGGCGCGGGUCGCGUGAGGCGGAAAGCUGAGUGCGGCCGGCGGCGGCGCCCGCCCCAGCGAUGCGGGCCCCGCCCGUCGCCUCAGGUGCCAUUUGGUUAGUACUUUAGCGGCACGAUGUACUCUGAGUGGAGGUCCCUGCAUUUGGUGAUUCAGAAUGAUCAGGGUCAUACCAGUGUGCUGCACAGCUAUCCAGAGAGCGUUGGGCGAGAGGUUGCAAAUGCAGUGGUUCGUCCUCUUGGGCAGGCAUUAGGCACUCCUUCAGUGGCUGGUAGUGAGAGUUUGUUAAAAACUGACAAAGAAGUAAAAUGGACCAUGGAAGUAAUUUGCUAUGGACUGACCCUUCCACUGGAUGGAGAGACUGUAAAAUAUUGUGUUGAUGUGUAUACAGACUGGAUUAUGGCUUUAGUGUUGCCGAAAGAUUCUAUUCCAUUGCCCGUUAUUAAAGAGCCUAAUCUAUAUGUUCAAAGUAUACUAAAACACCUACAAAAUCUUUUUGUACCAAGACAGGAACAUGGCUCCAGUCAGACCCGACUAUGCUUACAGGUCCUGAGAGCCAUUCAGAAACUGGCUCGUGAGUCAUCCAUAAUGGCCCGAGAAACCUGGGAAGUCUUACUGUUGUUUCUUCUGCAGAUCAAUGACAUACUUCUGGCCCCACCAACUGUUCAAGGUGGCAUUGCUGAGAAUCUAGCAGAGAAGUUGAUUGGUGUUCUCUUUGAAGUUUGGUUACUAGCUUGUACUCGGUGUUUUCCAACACCUCCUUAUUGGAAAACAGCCAAGGAGAUGGUGGCUAAUUGGAGGCACCACCCAGCAGUGGUGGAGCAGUGGAGCAAGGUCAUCUGUGCACUGACUUCCAGAUUGCUACGCUUUACAUAUGGUCCUUCAUUUCCUCCAUUUAAAAUUCCUGAUGAAGAUGCUAGUCUGAUCCCUCCAGAAAUGGAUAAUGAGUGUGUUGCCCAGACAUGGUUUCGAUUUUUACAUAUGUUAAGUAAUCCCGUGGAUUUGAGUAACCCAGCYAUUAUAAGCUCUACUCCCAAAUUUCAGGAACAGUUCUUGAAUGUGAGCGGAAUGCCGCAAGAAUUAAAUCAGUAUCCCUGCCUUAAACAUCUGCCUCAAAUAUUUUUUCGUGCCAUGCGUGGAAUCAGCUGUCUUGUGGAUGCAUUCUUAGGCAUUUCUAGACCUCGAUCAGACAGUGCUCCUCCAACACCUGUGAAUAGGUUAAGCAUGCCUCAAAGUACUGCUGUCAAUACCACCCCACCACAUAACCGGAGGCACCGGGCUGUUACUGUGAAUAAGGCCACCAUGAAGACAAGCACAGUCAGUACUGCUCAUGCCUCAAAAGUCCAGCAUCAGACAUCCUCAACCUCUCCUCUGUCAAGUCCAAAUCAGACUAGUUCAGAACCUCGGCCAUUGCCUGCCCCUAGGAGACCAAAGGUUAACAGCAUCUUGAAUCUCUUUGGAUCAUGGUUAUUUGACGCAGCAUUUGUUCACUGUAAACUUCAUAAUGGGAUAAACAGAGACAGCAGCAUGACUGCAUCUUUUAUCCAAAUUCUUCUUUCUUAUAAAUCUUCCAUUACAACACAAGCUAGCAUGGAGUUUCGACGGAAAGGGUCACAAAUGUCCACAGACACCAUGGUUACCAAUCCUAUGUUUGAUGCAAGUGAAUUUCCUGAUAACUAUGAAGCAGGAAGAGCUGAGGCAUGUGGGACACUGUGUAGAAUUUUUUGUAGCAAGAAGACUGGAGAAGAGAUUCUGCCAGCUUAUUUAUCCAGAUUUUACAUGCUUUUAAUUCAAGGUUUGCAGAUAAAUGAUUAUAUAUGCCAUCCUGUCUUGGCCAGCGUUAUUCUAAACUCCCCUCCUUUGUUCUGCUGUGACUUGAAAGGGAUUGAUGUUGUGGUUCCUUACUUUAUUUCAGCUCUUGAAACCAUUUUGCCUGACAGAGAACUCUCAAAAUUCAAAAGCUAUGUAAAUCCAACAGAACUAAGAAGAUCCUCCAUUAACAUCCUACUUUCUUUGUUGCCCCUCCCUCAUCAUUUUGGCACAGUCAAAUCUGAGGUGGUCCUGGAAGGAAAGUUUAGUAAUGAUGACAGCUCUUCUUAUGAUAAACCGAUAACUUUUCUGUCCCUGAAGUUGAGACUUGUGAAUAUACUAAUAGGUGCCUUGCAAACAGAAACGGACCCCAACAACACCCAAAUGAUACUAGGGGCAAUGUUAAAUAUUGUUCAAGAUUCUGCACUCUUAGAAGCCAUUGGUUGCCAAAUGGAGAUGGGUGGUGGAGAAAAUAACCUGAAGAGUCAUAGUCGCACUAAUAGUGGUAUUAGUUCAGCAAGUGGUGGAAGCACAGAGCCCACAACUCCUGACAGUGAGAGACCUGCUCAAGCUCUCCUGAGGGAUUAUGCUCUUAAUACAGAUUCAGCUGCUGGGCUCCUGAUUCGCAGCAUUCAUCUCGUCACCCAAAGACUCAAUUCCCAGUGGCGGCAAGACAUGAGCAUAUCACUGGCAGCUCUAGAGCUCCUCUCUGGCCUGGCAAAGGUGAAGGUGAUGGUUGACUCAGGAGACCGGAAGCGAGCCAUCAGUUCUGUGUGCAGCUACAUUGUGUACCAGUGCAGUCGGCCAGCUCCUUUUCACUCCCGGGAUCUGCACUCCAUGAUAGUGGCAGCUUUUCAGUGUCUGUGUGUCUGGCUGACAGAGCACCCUGAUAUGCUUGAUGAAAAGGACUGUCUUAAGGAAGUACUGGAGAUUGUGGAACUGGGUAUCUCAGGAAGUAAGUCCAAGAACAGUGAGCAAGAGGUCAAGUACAAAGGAGAUAAGGAGCCAAACCCUGCAUCUAUGAGGGUAAAGGAUGCUGCUGAAGCCACCCUGACAUGUAUUAUGCAGUUGCUUGGUGCAUUUCCUUCACCCAGUGGUCCUGCCUCUCCUUGUAGUCUGGUGAAUGAGACCACUCUGAUCAAAUACUCCAGGCUGCCAACUAUCAACAAGCAUAGUUUCCGGUACUUUGUCUUGGAUAACAGUGUUAUCCUAGCAAUGCUGGAGCAACCUCUUGGAAAUGAGCAGAAUGAUUUUUUCCCCUCUGUCACUGUGCUGGUCCGGGGGAUGUCUGGAAGACUUGCUUGGGCACAACAGCUUUGCCUUUUACCCAGAGGAGCAAAAGCAAACCAGAAGCUAUUUGUGCCUGAACCUCGCCCAGUUCCUAAAAAUGAUGUUGGAUUUAAGUAUACUGUGAAACAUCGGCCAUUUCCUGAAGAGGUGGACAAGAUACCUUUUGUGAAAGCAGACCUGAGUAUUCCAGAUUUGCAUGAAAUUGUCACUGAAGAAUUAGAAGAGAGACAUGAAAAAUUAAGGAGUGGCAUGGCCCAGCAGAUUGCUUAUGAGAUACACCUUGAGCAGCAGAGUGAGGGAGAAUUGCAGAAGAGAAGCUUUCCUGACCCCAUUACGGAUUGCAAGCCCCCACCACCUGCCCAGGAAUUUCAGACAGCCCGCCUUUUCCUCUCACAUUUUGGAUUUUUGUCUUUAGAGGCAUUGAAGGAACCUGCAAAUAGUCGUCUACCUCCUCACCUUAUUGCACUUGAUUCCACGAUACCUGGGUUUUUUGAUGACAUCGGGUAUCUGGAUCUCUUGCCAUGUCGUCCUUUUGACACAGUUUUUAUUUUCUAUAUGAAACCAGGUCAGAAAACAAACCAAGAGAUUUUAAAGAAUGUGGAGUCUUCCAGAAAUGUUCAGCCACAUUUCCUAGAAUUUUUGCUCUCCCUUGGCUGGUCGGUAGAUGUGGGCAAACACCCUGGCUGGACAGGACAUGUUUCCACCAGUUGGUCGAUUAACAGUUGUGAUGAUGGGGAAGGGUCUGAACAAGAUGAGGUAGUUUCCUCUGAAGAUGCUGGGGCUAGCAUUUUCAAUGGACAAAAGAAGGUGCUGUAUUAUGCUGAUGCCCUGACGGAAAUAGCUUUUGUGGUUCCUUCUCCUGUGGAGUCCUUGACUGAUUCAUUGGAAAGUAACAUCUCAGACCAGGAUAGUGACUCAAACAUGGAUCUUAUGCCAGGAAUUCUGAAACAGCCAUCCCUGACACUUGAGCUUUUCCCCAAUCACACAGACAAUCUUAAUUGCUCACAGAGGCUCAGUCCCAGUUCCAGAAUGAAGAAGCUGCCUCAGGGUCGCCCUGUGCCUCCUCUUGGACCUGAGACAAGAGUUUCUGUGGUCUGGGUAGAACGCUAUGAUGAUAUAGAAAAUUUUCCUCUUUCAGAUCUGAUGACAGAGAUCAGUACUGGUGUGGAAACUACUGCAAAUAGUAGCACUUCUCUGAGAUCUACAAAUCUUGAAAAAGAAGUUCCAGUUAUCUUCAUACACCCUUUAAACACUGGAUUGUUCCGGAUAAAAAUCCAAGGAGCCACUGGAAAAUUUAACAUGGUCAUCCCUCUUGUGGAUGGGAUGAUAGUCAGCCGGCGAGCACUCGGCUUUCUGGUGAGGCAGACUGUAAUAAACAUUUGUAGAAGAAAGAGACUGGAAAGUGAUUCCUACAGCCCACCACAUGUCCGUCGGAAACAGAAAAUCACCGACAUCGUCAACAAGUACCGAAACAAGCAGUUGGAGCCAGAGUUUUAUACUUCACUUUUCCAGGAGGUUGGACUCAAGAGCUGCAGUUCUUAGACCACUGUCUGUCUAGGACAGUUGAACUCCAGUGUGGGGACUGUAAUAUCAAAGCAAGACAGUUUGAUAGGUGAUCACUGUAAAAAUAAACAAAUCACUCCCCAAGAGCUUGCUGUUUAAUCACCGGAAUAGAAGAAACACAUUGUAAACCCAUUGGAUAGAAGACUUUUGGCUUUCUAGUGAAAUGGGCUUUCAGACACAAUCAUAUUCCUGCUGGUAAUGACGAUAAACAUUUUAGCCAUAAACUUUCUUUUAAAAGUGACAAUUUUAGUUAAAUAUAAGCCUUUUGAGGAGAAAGGUUUUUAAUGCAUCUCAGUUAAACACAUGUAUUGGUAGUAUCAACAAAUUUGCAAAUUAGAAGUUGAAGAUAGUUUUAUACCUCACUUUUUAGGAGGUUGUAUUCAAAAUCAAAAUCUGUCUCACAAUCUUCCAGGACACUUACAGGCUUGUGCUGACAGAAUGGAGGAGAAGGAAAGGAGUCUCAGCCUUCUGCUCACUUGUAGGUCCAUUUGUCAUCCAACUGUCAAACUGACAAAAAGAAAAGAACAUAAAUGUCUUUGGCUCAGAAAAGAAGUCUGACAUUAACAUAUUCCAUAUUUUCUCUCCAUAUUUAAACAAGCUGCCAUGUUCAUCACUACACAGAUCUAUCUGAAGGCCUCAGUUCCUGAGUGGACAGAUUACAAUGGAGGCUCAGCCUUGUCCUCUAAUGGAGAUAAUAAUGAAGUUUGUGAGGUUUCAAAGCUGUCAGACAGCAGUGAUGCCUCUACUCUCCAUUAUUUGUCUCCAGCUUGGCGACAAAAUAACAGCUUAAAUAUUUGUGAUUCUUGAUUACAUAUSAAGAAAUAUAAAUUCACAACAGGGUUGAAAAUUAUUGAGUUUCAUCCAUUAUCUCUUAUUUCAGGACCAAGAAGCAAACUGUAAUAGUUGAUGAAGGAUUCUCAUUUGGGGUCAGGAAGUAGCCUCUUAAUGCUACUACUUCAGGUCUCUUCUGGAAAGCUCGUGGAUUACAUCAUGAUUGACAAAUGUUAGUGGCUACCUUCUUGGGCAGAUGCUGUUAAAAAUGGCUGUCUUGCUGUCAGGACUUUGCAGCUAAAGGUCCAGCAAAUCCCUGCCAGGGUAUUGGAAAUAUUUCUGUUACCUCGCUGCUACUUUUCUGCCAGGGAUAAAACUUUGGAGGUGGYCAAACCCAGAUGCAGACCAUCCUUACAAGGAUUCCUGUUAUAGUGCUAUAGUAUAUACCAUUCAUUUCUCCUUUUUUCGUGUGUGCUUUCUUCUUUAGCAAGAUUGUUUUGUAUGAAGAAAAAUAAGUGACAUUUGAAGUACAAAGAAUAGUGAUCAGAGUUGUUCAAGGAUGUUUUUCCACUUGCACUCUAAUGUUAUUAGGUUCUGUAGGUCAGGGCUACACUGGCCUGUUGGGCUUGGUGUUUCAGUCAUUUUCUUAGAGGGUCAGGGGUAGUGGAGGACCUAAUUCCUUGCCAGACAAUUAACCCAGAAGUAUGCAUUUUGCCACCUCUGAGCAAGAAAUGUGGGCAUAGCAACUCUUGGUCACAAGUUGGCCACACCCUUUUCUUCCUUUUUGUAAGCUCAGGUAAAGUUACCCUUCCCCUCCUCCUUCUAUUAUUCUAGUUUCUAUUCAGGGUAUAAUAUUAUUUAAUAAUUGGUUUUCUUUUUGAGCUGGGCAAUAAGUUGAUGUUUCCAGAUGUUAUGGGAGGAGGGGAGGAAUGUGUGAUAAUGAUUUAGUGAUUUAUACUCUAAAAAUGAUUUAGUAGCUCCAGCAAGAAUAAGGUAAGGCUUAAUAACUUUAAAGGAAAUAUCAGAUUGAUAUUUCAUGGGAAAAUGAUCCCUUGUUCUGGUUGAAGUGAACAAAGAAGGCCAUAAAUGAGUGUGUAACUUAGAACAUUCCAGAGGUUAAAAAUAACUGAUGUUGAUGUACUUCCUCAGUGUGAUUCUUCAGAUAAAUCUUUUAUUUUUGUCAUAGUUUAAAUGUCAGAACAAUAUACAGUAUGUGUGUGUUGAGGAUGGACUUGCCGAUUCUUUAGAUAGCUCUAGUUUCUGGCCACUCUUUAGAAUUCUAAUGAUUUUGGCAAGUGAAUACAUUUUGCAGUCUGGGAGACUUGGUGGUCCCCCAGGGAAGGAGUUGUGACCUUCCCCCCACCGGGGUAUACAGAGCCAACAUACUAUCUGAUCCACAUACCUCACCAAGUGCUGGUUCCUUCUGCUCAAAAUUUCAUCUGUCUAAAAAGGGAGUGUGGUAUGAACCCUUGGACCUUUCACUAGUAUGACUUGGGAUUCAUGGUCACUAAGGUCACCCAAUUGCCUGUAUUAAAAAUCACUUUGAGCCGGGCGUGGUGAUGCACACCUGUAAUCCCAGCAACUUGGGAGGUUGAGACAGGAGGAUCACGAGUUCAAAG